GGGAUGGCGGAGGGGCGCGAGGUUUCAAGAUGGCGGUGGCUGGGUGGCUGACCGAGAGGCGGAGGUGAAGGCCCGGUCGCGGAAAGCGCGGUGGGGCCGCCCGCUACCCGGCCUCGCCGACCCGGGAGCCCCGCAGUGGCUUCUCCGUCAUCAGUGCCCUCCUCUUCCCUUCCUCCCGUCAGCCUGCCCCUCUUGUUUUCGGAUAGCGAAACAUCUUCCAUUGAAAGAAUAGUCGCCACCGAACGGUUCCGAACCACCUAGGAAGUACAGAGUAGCCGGGCAGUCGAUCACUUGGUUUUGUUUUCUUUUUUAAUGAAGAAGUAAGUCAUACAAAUUGUCACCAUGGGACGGAGAUCGACAUCCUCCACCAAGAGUGGGAAGUUUAUGAACCCCACAGACCAAGCUCGAAAGGAAGCCCGGAAAAGAGAAUUGAAAAAGAACAAAAAACAACGAAUGAUGGUCCGAGCUGCAGUGUUGAAGAUGAAAGAUCCCAAACAGAUUAUCCGGGACAUGGAGAAGUUAGAUGAAAUGGAGUUUAACCCAGUGCAACAACCACAGUUAAAUGAGAAAGUACUGAAAGACAAGCGUAAAAAGCUGCGGGAAACCUUUGAACGAAUUCUACGACUUUAUGAAAAAGAAAACCCAGAUAUUUACAAAGAAUUGAGAAAGCUAGAGGUAGAAUAUGAGCAGAAGAGGGCCCAACUGAGCCAGUAUUUUGACGCUGUUAAGAACGCUCAGCAUGUGGAAGUGGACAGCAUCCCUCUGCCAGACAUGCCGCACGCUCCCUCCAACAUCUUGAUCCAGGACAUUCCGCUUCCGGGUGCCCAGCCGCCUUCCAUCCUUAAGAAAACCUCGGCAUAUGGGCCUCCAACUCGGGCUGUUUCUAUCCUUCCGCUCCUCGGACAUGGUGUUCCUCGUUUGCCCCCUGGCAGAAAACCACCGGGCCCUCCACCUGGCCCACCUCCCCCUCAGGUUCUGCAGAUGUAUGGCCGUAAAGUGGGUUUUGCUCUAGAUCUUCCACCUCGUAGACGAGAUGAAGACAUGAUGUAUAGUCCAGAACUAGCUCAACGAGGUCAUGAUGAAGACGUGUCCAGUACCAGCGAAGACGAUGGCUACCCUGAGGACAUGGAUCAGGACAAGCACGAGGACAGUACUGAUGACAGUGACACCGACAGAUCUGAUGCAGAGAGUGAGGGGGAUGAGUUUGGGCACCGCGACGACGGUGAGCGAGACAACCCUGAGGAGAAGAAGUCAGGUCUGAGUGUCCGAUUUGCUGAUAUGCCUGGAAAAUCAAGGAAGAAGAAGAAGAGCAUGAAGGAGCUGACACCUCUUCAAGCCAUGAUGCUUCGAAUGGCAGGUCAGGAAAUCCCUGAGGAAGGACGGGAAGUGGAGGAGUUUUCAGAGGAGGACGAUGACGACGAGUCUGAUGACUCGGAAGCAGAAAAGCAGUCGCAGAAGCAGCAUAAGGAGGACUCCCACGCUGACGGCACAUCCGCCACUUCUCAGCAGCAGGCACCUCCACAGUCUGUGCCCUCUUCCCAGAUACAGGCGCCUCCCAUGCCAGGACCACCGCCUCUUGGACCUCCGCCUGCCCCACCCUUACGGCCUCCUGGGCCACCUACCGGCCUCCCUCCUGGGCCACCUCCAGGGGCUCCUCCAUUCCUGAGACCACCUGGAAUGCCAGGAAUCCGAGGGCCUUUACCAAGGCUUUUACCUCCAGGACCACCACCAGGCCGACCCCCUGGCCCUCCCCCAGGUCCGCCUCCAGGCCUUCCCCCUGGCCCCCCUCCUCGAGGACCCCCACCAAGGCUACCUCCUCCUGCACCUCCAGGUAUCCCUCCUCCUCGUCCUGGCAUGAUGCGCCCACCCUUGGUGCCUCCCCUCGGACCUGCCCCACCUGGGCUUUUCCCACCAGCUCCCUUGCCCAACCCAGGGGUGUUGAGUGCCCCGCCCAGUCUCAUUCAGCGGCCGAAGGCGGAUGAUGCCAGUGCGGCCACCAUCGAGAAGAAAGCCACAGCGACUAUCAGUGCCAAGCCCCAGAUUACCAACCCCAAGGCAGAGGUCACGCGGUUUGUGCCUACCGCACUGAGAGUGCGCAGGGAGAAUAAGGGGGCUACUGCUGUUCCCCAAAGAAGGUCAGAGGAUGACUCGGCUGUGCCUGUCGCCAAAGCGGCCCCCAGAUCUGGCCCUGUUCCUGUCUCGGUACAAACCAAGGACGAUGUUUAUGAAGCGUUUAUGAAGGAGAUGGAAGGGCUGCUGUGACAGGCUCGUGCUGCCUCAGGCUUCUGUUGAGCACUGGUUUGUGGAACAAGAGGCUCCGGUUAAACUUAGGCAAGAGCGCCGUCCCCUGUCGGUGUUUCCCACGCCCAGUUCCGGGAGCCUCCUAACACUUGCCUUGCUGGGAUUCCUGCACGGGGUGUUUCUUUAGUAGACCAGGAUGGAAGCACUGCUGCAAACGCCCGUUCCCUUGAUGACGCCACCUCAGCCCUUCCUAACCUUCUCCAUUUGGGAUUGUAUCAGAGAAGUCCUAGUUAUUUGUUUGACUCGUGCUAUGGGCACUGGAGUAGAGAUUUCUGGGGGGGGGAAAGGUUUAUUUCAUCUUGACUUUUGUGUUUGAGUUAUUUUUAAUAUUUUCCUGUAAAUAUUUUGUAAUAUUUUACUUAUAGCGAAAUGGAUUACAAUGUCAUUUCCUAUUUCAAAGCAGGAUAUGUGGGAAGAAAAUGUACAAUUCUUGGAUUAAAAUUAUUUCCCACGACCUAAACUCUUGAGUGUUUGAUGGAGAAAUAAAAUGUUCCAUACCAA